CGAUUCUUUCCCUCCUACCCACCCCAAGGCAGGCAGCUUUCUUCUCAAACUACUCGGCGAAGACGCGACGAAUAACCACCGCUUCAUCGAUCUGUCUAUCGGGGCGAACAGUUGUUCUAUUCAGUGCAUAUAGUAUUGUUGCCUUCAUCGAGAUAAGAUAACAUCGUGCGCAGCGCAAUAUUGUUCCCGAGCAAACCUCCAAUGGCCCGUACAGCGAAAAUCAGCCCGGUGCCAGGGUCUACAUCCGCCGGGGACAAUGCCACCUCUCGCAAGCGAAGGGCUCACAAGAAGUCUAGGCUAGGCUGUCGCAAUUGCAAAAUACGCAGAGUGAAAUGCAACGAAGUUCGACCAAUGUGCGGAAAGUGUCUGGAAUACGGCGUCUUAUGCAACUACGAUCCUAGCAUACCUGAUCUUCAACCUCGAACCGACGCUUCCGAACUUGGCUGCUUGUAUUCAAGGAUGGAUAAGUCCCUCCAGGGAACGACUAAGCCUAUUUUAGAUAUGGUGAAUGUCUCCUUGGACAAAAACACUCAUGGGCCAGAGUUGCAAAGCGGAGCUACGCGAUUCGACAGAUCUGACCUGGCGCGACUUGACAGAUUCCAAACCAGGACAGUUCUAACCAUUGGCACUAAGAAAGUUGCCAGGGUUUUCCAGAAGGAAGUCAUCCUGCUUGCCUGUACGAACCCCUUCCUCAUGCACUUGGCGCAGGCAGUGACGGCGUCCCACGACCGGUAUUUGUGCGGAGUGGCCACUUCGAGACCGAGCACAGCCGAAGCCUACCACUUGAACAAAGCCUUGAUCGCCUUCCAGAGCAUUCUCUCUCGUCCGAUUAGACCUGAAGAAGGGGAUGCAUUGUUGGUCGCCUCAUCUCUCCUUGGGGUUGUGAGCUUCUUCAACCUUGAGGCAUCGUCUGUCGAAGAGGUUUGGCCAUUGCAGGAUGCUGACAUGGCAUGGCUCAACUUGAGCGAUGGAAAACAAACCAUUUGGCGACUGGCAAGUCCAUUGAAAGGCGACAGUCUUUGGCGACAGGUGGCCCACCUAUUUGACCGCGAUAGAAUGCCUGCACAUCAAAUUCCAGAACACGUUCCUUCGGUCUUUGAUCACCUCUGUGCCGAAGAUGCUUCGUCGGCAUCGGCACGGCUCAACCCUUAUUACAGAACUGCACAACAACUUCUACCCUUACUGGACCUUGAAUGCAAUGACUCCACCUGGUUACAGUACCUGGGCUUUGUCAAUCACAUGGAUCCCCCCUAUAAGUCUCUACUUGGACGCAAAGAUCCUUGGGCGUUGCUCAUGCUUUUAUAUUGGUACAUGAAGGUCUGCCGGGGUGCUUGGUGGAUUUCGUCUCGGUCCAUUCUCCAGGGGCAGGCGAUCUGCCUAUAUCUCUCACGAUAUCAUUCGGAUGAUUUAGCGAUACUCGCAGCUUUGGAGAAGCCGAGGAUGGUAUUCGAUGCUGCACGAAUGGAAGGGUGGGGAGGUAUAUCUUCUGCGGUAGACAGUCCGCGGUGGUCUUAAUUUGAGAGGUUUCGCUCCCAGAGCAGGAGCUGGUGUAGCAAUUAGGUCUUGCCAAAUGUCUCGACCGUUCACAUAAUGAUGAAACAAGU